ACAAAUCGCGUGCCGCGACGAGGUGCUCGACAGGCUCAUCAAUAUUAUAUCGGACUCAUAUAUUUCAUAUAAUUCUAUCGGUACGAAAUACGUUCCGUUGCGGGGGAGUGGAAUUUUCAAAUUUCCUUCGCACGCUAUCCUCUCGCGAGCCAAUCGACGCAGCCCGGCGAGUAACACGUGACUCGAAUUUCGACGACUCUAUUAAGUAGAAAUCGCGCUUUAGUACCCUCCUCCUCCCCCGCUCCUCAGUCGCUGCUCCGUCAUUCUACCGGUCGGUUCGUGAUAAUAGUGGUUUCCGGCGAUCGCGCCAAAUUCCGCGAGAAUUUCGGGAUGCAAACGCGGAGAUUAAACGACGACCCCCUCGAUCGAAGUGAAGACGUGAUCGCGGCUAAAGACUCCUCCUGCGCGCUCCUGCACGCACACGAGUCUCCUGCGUUUGCUCCCGCGUACCACGUACGUACGCACACGCACGAGCUCGCCGUUCGCGGGCCGAGCGAGCGGUAUGCCCUCGCGAUGAAUCGAACCUAACCUAAGGGCGGCGUGAAGUGGGGUGCGGACGGUCGCAGCUGCGCGCGCGCGCGCGCGCCGAGUGAGCUCGAGAGAGAGAGAGAGAGAGAGAGAGAGAGAGAGAGAGGGGGAAGAGCCCGCGAGACGGAGGGUCAAAAAAUGCGAGGCUGCGCGCGCAGUCGCUUUGUCUCUCCCGUCGAGUGUAGCGGCGGUGCGCUGGGGGGAGGACGUAACCACGAGGGGGCCACCAAGGGUCCGCGAGCGGACCAUGGCGGACCAGCGGCGAACUGCAUCCUCUCAGUCGGCCGCUGAACCCGCGCGCCGUACGGUUGGUACGCGUGUGUUUAUCGCGCUCGACCGUCCGUCCGUCCAUCCGUUCGUACGUUCGUUCGCUCGCUCAGUUGUUUAUUCGUCCGCGUACCGUUCGCCGGCGUGUUUCCCUCUGUAUCGCCACCUUCUCCUUCGGACUCCGGUCGCGAUCGUCGAGGCCGACGCGUUCAAGUGAAAUCCUUUCCACGUUUUUCCUCCCAGUUUUCUUGCCUCGGGACUGUCGUCGUCGUCGUCGCUGCCGCCGCCGCCACCGCCACCGCCACCGCCACCGCCGCCGCUGCGCCGGUGGUGUUUCAUCCGAGGGGAGACCCGGCGAGAUUCUACUACUGGGAUUCUCUACCAGCUUGGAUUUUUCGUCCCCGGCCACGCUACCACUGCUGGAUCGUCCUCUCGUCCGCGGUUGACGCGAAUCCUUCCUGCAUGAUCUCCGUCUACCUACCACCUAUAGGAAACGCAUACGAUAGCGAGAGACAUUUGGUAACGACGAGGAUGUAGCUCGUGUGGCGGGGCUUACCGACGAAAGACAGAGAGAAUCGUACGAAUUUCAAGUCAAGACGAUGAUGUUGAUGAUGAUGAUGAUGAUGCGCGCGAUACAGGGAAGAGGAAUUGACCGAGGGAAGAACAGGUCAGCGUAGAAGAAAGAAAGAGAGAUUCCUCUUCGCCUUCUCGCGAGAGGAACAUGCCGGAUGUUAUCGCGAGACUGAUAAAAACACUGCCAGGAGUAAUGACGAGCUAGAUUGCCGCUUCGUUCGCUGAACCGUUCCUUGGUCGAUCUUAGCUCCUCGCUAACUGCCCCCUCUACCUGCCACCCCUCCCUUCCCCUAUCCUCCUUCGUGUCAGUCCUGCCUUCGUCACGUAUACACGUAUACACGUUUUAUAUUAAUAUAUACACACCCGCUCUCUUUUUCUCUCCCUCGAGAGAUCAAAGACUGAAAAUAAAAGGUGGCGACAUGUUGGGCGUGAGUCAGCCGGGCAACGCGCCCUCGAGCUUGCGGCACUCGGCGAGCUUCUCGUGCUUGCAGCGCGGCACCGUUGGCGAGGGUCAUCGCGCGAGGACCUCGACGUUGCUACAACAGCCGAGUCUGCAGCUGAGCAACGGUCAUCAUCAGUACACGUCCGGCGGCCAGGCGGGGGCCGCGCACUGCUCCCUCCUGCAGCAUCAUCAGCAGCAGUCCCGCGAACCGUUCGAUCCCGUCCUUCAGGACGGCAACGAUUACGGCUUCGUGAGGAUUCGACCGCGUUUGCGCAGCACGAACGCGACCUUGUAUCACGAGGAGGAGGUGGCGGCCGCGAAGAACGCCCUGAGGGAACAGCGCGACGCCGCCGCGUUCAGCGACCGCGAGUGCGACUCCAACUUCAGAGAAUGCUCGUUGAAAGUCAAGGAUCACCGCGACCUCUCGCCGAAGGGAGCGGUCAAGAACCAGAACCCAUUGCGAGGCGCGCUGAUUCUCUUCACCUCGACGUCGUCCUGGUGGAAGGCCCGACAGCGGGAGGAGCAGCUGAAUGCGAGCGGCGGUGCCGUUGCCGCCGCUAUCAGCGCACCGUCGUCGGAACGGAAAUGGUCGUCCUCGGGCACUUCGGGGAUAGCGGCGUCACCCUCGAACGAGAGAAAGUGGCCGUCGUCGAUGACGUCGCCCACGAACGAGCGGAAGUGGUCCGUGGGUAACAGUCUACUGACGUCGCCGUCGAACGAGAGGAAGUGGAACAGAUCUUCGGUUUCGUCGACAACGACGAACCAACAGGACCGGAAGUGGCGGUCCCUCGGCGCACUUUUAAGGACUCCCGCCGGUGCUGGUGGUAGUUCUCACGUUAGCCAAAACUCUCUGUCGCACAACAUGAGCGUGUCCAUGAUCGAGAGCGAUCACUUUCGAGGCGAGGAAUCGCAGCGCGGGUCUAGCUGCAAGGCGCGCUACCAGCAGCCGACGUCCUACUCGGCGCGAGUGUCUCGCGUCAGUAGAGACGUUUACCGGGAGAAUGGGGAGUUUGGUCAGAUUGCCGUCAGGUCGAAGGUCAGCCGCAGGUUGUACCAAGACAGCGAGCCGGUAAACGAGCUUGACGAGAGACACGUCCCGCAGCAUAGCCGACACCAGCUGGACGACCCCGAGCAACAACAAUGCAGAGGUGCUCGGGAGGGACGCGAGCACUGCAGAGCCGCCGUGGAGACGACCCGCGGCACGACGAUCUCCUCCACUGCACGGUCGAGCCGCGCGCAAAGCUUUUAUCUUCUGGACGACUUCCUGCGGCCGCAGCCGCAGCAGCCGAGCAACAAGUGCAUGCUGAAUCUGUACAUGUCCCCGUCUCACGCCGUCAAGUGCGGCAACGAGCACGGCAGGUCGUGCGGCGAGGUCAGGCAGGUGACCUGCCACCAGGCGAACGUCGGCAGCAACAUCACGCCGCCGCGACGACACAACUCGAGCUCGGACAGCCUCGAGGUGGCCACCAGUCCGUUGCCGCCGCCGGUGCCGCCGCCGCCGCCGCAUCAGGCCGCCGGUAACGCGCGGGACCGCGAGCGGAACGAGAACCCGAAGGACGCGAGUAAGGAUGUGUGCCCGUGCAAACAGUGCUGGACCAAUAUGCAGAGACCCCUUGUGGAAGAGGUGAGUAGGCGAUCCAAAGAACGCGCGACCGAAGAGAAGGAAAGGAGUCCUGGAACGUUGCACAAGGAUGUCGGCGGUGCUGGUACGAAGGUCAGCGAGAAAACCGUCGGUGGCGUCGGCACGGCGACCCUCACCACGCUCUCCUCCAUUAAUAACGCAUCCAACACCGGCCGUAACAAAAACAACCCCGUAUCUCACGAGGUAAGGCUAAUACAACAUAGCGCGCGCGAGAUCGUCGAAAGGGACGCGAGAGAUCCGCUCGCGUAUUGAUCGCAGCCGGCGAUACGUCAUCCCCGGGCCCCGUAGAUGACUUGGAUAAUUAACCGGUCCCGCGCUCGGAAUUUAUUGCCCAUUAAUCCGCUCGCAUUCGCGAUCAGGUAGGCCCAGCCUUUCCGCUUCGCGUCUACGUGUGUACGUGCGCGCUCUCGCGCGGGUACAUGACAUUAUUCAGUGCAUGACUUAUUGGACGCAGCAUGGAGUACCGUUUACAGUUUCGUUCCACUUCUGCUCCUGUCGCACCGACGAGAGGAACCUAACGAAAAUGUUCGUCUCGAGAUUUUUAACCUUAGGCUUUGCUUUUUUUUUUAUUUUUUUUUCUAUGCCGAAGAUUGGCCCGCGACGUAAAUGAAGAAAAAAA